GGCAACAAAGGGAGGCUGCGUGGCUCAGAUGAAUCCACUGAUCCACUGAGACAAGUUACAUCUGCAGAGACACGUUUGACCACAUCUGUCCUCACCUCACAAGGGUGUAGUAGCGCAGCACAGUCAUGGAGCUGGAGCACUUUGACGAGCGGGACAAAGCUCUGAGAAACACCCGGAGAGGCUCGAGGGGGAAUGGGCUGCCCAGUCCCACUCACAGUGCUCACUGCAGCUUGUACAGAACCAGGACUCUGCAGGCGCUGAGCUCGGAGAAGAAGGCCAAGAAGAUCCGAUUCUACCGCAACGGGGAUCGUUACUUCAAAGGUAUUGUUUACGCCAUUUCUCAGGAGAGAUUCAGGUCUUUGGAUGCACUUCUGGCCGACCUCACACGAUGUCUGUCCGACAAUGUCAACUUGCCACAAGGGGUGCGGACCAUUUAUACCGUUGAUGGGGUGACAAAGAUCACUAGCAUGGACCAGUUUGUAGAAGGAGAGAGCUAUGUCUGUGCCUCCAUAGAGCCGUUCAAGAAGCUGGAAUACACAAAGAAUGUCAACCCCAACUGGUCUGUUGGUCCCAAGACUGCUGCGGCACUCAGAGACCCGUCUUCUCUCGGCAGUGCCAAAGCUGGGAGCCCGGAGACGAAGGAGAACAAGGAGUUCAUUAAGCCCAAACUGGUGACCAUCGUCCGCAGCGGAGUCAAGCCUCGCAAGGCCGUACGAGUCCUGCUCAACAAGAAGACAGCGCACUCCUUCGAGCAAGUCAUGACCGACAUCACGGACGCCAUAAAGCUGGACUCUGGUGUCGUCAAGAGGCUCUUUACUGUUGACGGCAAAAUGGUUUCCUGCCUUCAGGACUUUUUCGGGGAUGACGACAUAUUCUUUGCAUGCGGCCCAGACAAGUUCCGCUACCAGGACGACUUUAACCUGGAUGAAAAUGAGUGCAGUUUGGCGAAAUCUGCAUCGUACGGUCGACUUCCCACCGUACACGGUCGCUCUUCCCCAAGAAGCAGUGGGUUUUCCCGCAGGAGCAAAUCUCCUUCAUCCACUGGUUCAGUCAACGGCACCGCAGGCAGUCAACUGUCCACGCCUCGGUCUGGAAAGUCCCCGAGUCCGUCUCCGACUAGUCCAGGAAGUCUCCGAAGGCGACAGGGAUCUCAACACAGUGGCUCUUCACUGUCCUUAGCUUCUACCAAGGUUUGCAGCUCCAUGGAUGAAGGAGACGGACCAGGCAGCGAAGCUGAGUUCGUGGACGACUCGUCUUCAGUCCCCCCCUCCAUCACAGAGCGGUACAAAGUGGGGAGGACUUUAGGUGACGGAAACUUUGCGGUGGUGCGGGAGUGUGUGGAGAAAUCCACAGGCAGAGAGUUCGCUCUGAAGAUCAUCGGCAAAGAUAAAUGCAGAGGAAAGGAACACAUGAUCCAGAGCGAGGUGUCGAUCCUUCGACGUGUGAAACAUCCCAACAUCGUGCUUUUGAUAGAAGAGAUGGACACACACAGUGACCUUUAUCUUGUCAUGGAGCUGGUGAAGGGGGGCGAUCUCUUUGACGCCAUCACCUCCUCUAACAAAUACACCGAACGAGACGCCAGCUGUAUGCUCUUUAAUCUGACCAGUGCCAUCAAGUACCUGCACGGUCUCAACAUCGUUCACCGAGACAUAAAACCCGAAAACCUGCUGGUCUACGAGCAUCACGACGGCAGUAAGUCCCUCAAACUGGGAGACUUUGGUCUGGCCACUGUGGUGAAUGGGCCUCUGUACACCGUGUGCGGCACGCCCACUUACGUAGCGCCUGAAAUCAUCGCCGAGACGGGUUACGGUCUAAAAGUGGACAUCUGGGCGGCCGGCGUCAUCACCUACAUCCUCCUGUGUGGAUUUCCUCCUUUCAGAGGCAGCGGUAAAGAUGACGACGCUCUCUUUGACCAGAUCUUAAAGGGUCAACUGGAUUUUCCUGCAGCAAACUGGGACAACGUGUCCGACUCUGCAAAGGCUCUGAUCACUGCAAUGCUGAAGGUGGAGGCAGAUCAGAGAUACACAGCAGUUCAGGUGCUCGAUCAUCCCUGGGUCAACGACGACGGAGCAUCGGAGGUGGAGCACCAGCUGCCUGUGGCUGGAAAAAUCAAGAAGCACUUCAACACCGGGCCGAAGCUCAACAGCACUUCAGCAGGAGUGUCAGUCAUUACAACCACGCCACUUGAUAAGGAGAAGCAAGUUUUCCGACGAAGACGCCACCAGGAUGUGAAGUCCAUCCCGCAGCUGCCACACAGCACCACCACUGCUGCUGCUGCCGGUGCCCUCUCCCCGUCUGACUUCACCUCCGAGUCCGAAGACCUGUCUCCGGGUUCUGCCGGCACCGUCCGUUCGCCCGUGUCUCCGUUCUAACACAGAACGUUCGGUCCAGUCCGCUGUUGUCGUACUUUUAUUUCAGUUAAAAUCAGAAUGAGGCACAGUUUGUCUCAGAAUCACAAAAAUUGUCCCUUCUCCGGAGAAAUCACCACAUAACUUGUUGCACUGGUUAUUAAUAGUAAUAUGGCGCCCUCUACUGGUACAUACCAUGUACUGCAAGGAAGACAAACCUGUUUCAUUUAAUUUAUCCUUUUUUAAUUUGACUUGCUUUCAGUGCUCUAUGGUGGCUUGGAAGUCCAAAAAAUGUUAAAACCCUUUUUUUUUUUACAAAAGCUUGAGACAAAUUUGAAAAUAAAUUGACUACAAAUCAACAAAUUUGAUGAAAAUUGGAUUGACAUUAAAACACUUGUUUUAUUUUAUAGAAUUCACUCAAACGGUGAACAUUCAGACCUUUCUCUAACAGUAAAUGUUACACCACAAAAUGCACUGUUGUAUAAUGUCAUUUGAUUUUCAGAUUUCAAAUGGCAAUGUGACCAAAUCUAAGCCAUGCAAGGGAGCGGGAAAAAAAACGACAAUAACGGGAUAAUAUAACAGAUUAUCUGUCUGUCACAGAAUCUGUGGAUCAUUCGUUCAUUCAUUGUUUUUUUCAAAAGGAAACGAAAAAUGAAAAAGAAAACGGGUAACAAACAGCUCCCAUUUCAUCCAGUUUUGAUAAAAAAUUUUUACAUCUAACCCGGAAGUGACCUGUGACGGGGGAGGAGCAAAUGUUUAUAUUUUUGUGCUUUUAUGCUGUAAAGUUCACAGAAAUUUUGACGUCACUACUCUAUGUUACGGUGAAGUUAUUGAAUAUUUUUAAAUAUUAAUACGUAUAAUAUCUUUUCCAGGUGUUGCACUUUGUAGACGGUCCCUGCUCUCCUCCAGUCUCAAUGACGACUGCACGUAGAGAUAGAUGUAGUUUUACCAGCUUCUUUUUUGAUGAAAACAACGUUGUCGCUCGUCGUCUACGUUUGCUAUGAUUUGAAAUAUGUCUCACAUGUGUUUCCAAAAAAACAGAUAACGGGCGUUUCCCGUUUCGUCCAGUUUGGAUUUUUCCAUCCAACAACGAGUUACAUGACCCGAAAGUUGUGAAUUAAGUAAAGUUAAAGAGAUAAUUCACAGAUUCAAACUUCUGCGAUCAAUAACAUUGAAAUGAAACAUUUUUUUAAAGACAUUUUAAAUCAUAGCAAACGUAGACGACGAGCAACGACAUCGGUGAUCUCUAUGUGCAGUCGUCAGUGAGACUGGAGGAAAGCAGGGACCGACUACAAAGUGCAACACCUGGAAAAAAGAUAGUUAAAGUAGUAGUGUAAUGUAAACUUUACAGCAUAAAAGCACCCAAGUCUGGAUAAAAACAAUGUUAUGAUCGUCCCGUGUGAAGCUCCUCCCCCUGUCACAGGUCACUUUACGUUAGAUGUAAAAAAAAUAAUCUAAACUGGACGAAAUGGGAGACGUUUGUUAUCUUUUUUAAAAUGUAUUAUUUGAGCACAAUAUCAGAAAUUGGGGAGAAAAAAACAGCCAAAAGAACUAGUCAUUAUCCAAGUUUUUAAAUUUUGAAAAACGAAUAAACGUAAAGCCAGGUUGAAAGUAAGUGUUUUGACAUUUUGUAAAAAUCUUUUGCACGUCCAGGCCACCGUAGUGCUGAUGUUUCUAAGCAAGACAAAUCAAAACAUGCUGCUAUAUCGUUCCACGAGUGCUGUAAAGCAAGAGAACGGACGUUUUUGUGUCGGACAAAUAUUCCUCCAGAGACACGGGGGACAGGCGUUGACCGUCCACCCGUGAGCUUGCUGCUGCUGAUUGUUUUUAUGAUUAUCAUUAUUUUUCUUGAAAGCUGCAGUAGGUUCGUGUUGUUGUUUACCUGGGUUUUAUGUCGUCUGAAGGUCUAUUUUAGGUUUCUAUUCUCCCUGAAUGUCUCUCUCUUUGUCCAGCAGAUGGCAGCGUAGUCAAACAACAAGGAUGUAUCGUUCCACUGCAAAGCGGUUUUUAUCAGUUAAUCAACCACUAAUUUGGUAGGUGAUCGAUAAGCUUUUUUAAAAAUUAAAUUAAAAUAAAUUAAAUUAAAUUAAAUUAAAUUAAAUUAAAUUAAAUUAAAUUAAAUUAAGUUAAAUUAAAUUAAACUUAUCAAGUUGUGUGAUUACAGCUUCUUUUAGUGUAGUGAUUUUAUUAUAUCCUGUUGUGUUUUUGGCUCCUUUUAGACAUUUAACCCCAAGGUCUGCACAGCUAACAGUUUUUGGUUCCCAGAACGUUCUGACGGGAACGUUUCCUGAUGGUUCCCCUCUAGGGGUCUCCUGUGGUUGCCAGGGAAAGUUUUCCUAAUGUUAGUUUUAGGUUGCACAUUUGGUUCCCAGAUCCUUGCCCACCUGUGGUAACAAGAAAAUGUUUUAUUUUAUAUAUGUAUAUAUAUAUAUAUAUAUGUAUAUAUACAUAUAUAAAAAUAUAUAACAAUAUAUAUGUUAUAGAACAUUUUUAGAACAGUGAAUCCCAGUCCUGGUCCUGAUGGCAUAGUUCCCAGAACCGUGCGUUGCUCAAGCGCUCUAUAGCGCCCCCUAAGGUGAAAACAGGCAAAAUUGAGUCCCACCAAGUUUGGGGAAAUUUGGUGGGAAGAUAUUAUAGACCAAGACGAACAAAAUAGUCGACUUUUAGACGUUUUACUGCGCCAAAACACCAGAUUGAAUUAAUCAAAUUACCAUCAUUAGAUUUCUAAAAUAUUACCAUGGAUGCAGGAGAAGGCUGUAAAGGGUGAAGUGAACAUGAUUUGUUUUCUGCCAUGUUAUGAAACAAAAUCCAGGAAUACAGUGGGAGUCGGUGGUGGCGGUUAUGUCUGUGUCUUAUUAUUUAAUAUUAAUUAAAUUAAUUUAAUAUUUAAUAAAGAAAGAAAAAAUCCCACCUACUGUAGCUUCAAGCAGCAGCUUUGUUACACGUUGAUGCUUGUCGUCGCCGUCAUUGGUGUGUGAAACCUCGUCUCGGCACGUGUGGAUUCUAAGUGCAAUUAGGGUGAACUGAGCACAAGGUAACGCGGCAAUUCUCUAACAACGUUUCUUUAUUUUUGUCGUUUAAAUGUAGUCAAACAGCAGUGCUUCCAGUAAAAAACAAACACAUUAUUUUAAUAUUUCUUCUUCUUCUUAAAUAACUCUUAUGAAAACAUGAACAUUAUGUAUUCAUGUAUGCACUGCACUCACUGUCCCGGUGAGUACAUGAAUGUUCUCCUGCAUGUUUGCCAAUGUACGACUGAAACAAAAGUCACGUGACAUAAACUGUUCAUGCUGUCAUAGUGAAUGCACUUCACUUUAACGGUGCAGUGUGUAAUAAAAAAAAAAAAAUCAUUUCAUUUCAUUUCUGCCAAAUAAAAAACAGUGUCAUGCACAUUUUACGCACUGCACCUUUAAUGCAGACUAUAAAGCAACCUAGCACAAGCUUAAGGUUUUUUUUGUUUUUCUUUCUAUUACUGUUGUUAAAGGGCUUUUAAGUUUUGGUACAGACCAUAAAAAGCACAGGAACAAGGAGACAGUGGCUCUUUUUUUUUUUUUUUUUCUUAAAGAUGGUACAGUCCGUUUUAAAAGAAUGUGAACGUCGUAUUUAUUAUAAUUCCUCCAUGUUUUCACUCACAUGUAAGAAUGUUAUUUAAUCUACAAAAUAAAGUCAAAUGAAAACAGCA